CUUUGUUGGAGAGAAUGAUGAGACUUCCUCCCACGCCUCUCCUGUGUCUGCUUCAUCUUCCACUACUCCGGACAAUAGCACAGUGUCUACUUCUUCCGCUACAAAAACUAGUCCAUCUUUGGUAACAAGUACACCACCUUCUCCGACAAAGAGCGCAGCUCCAUCGUCAAGUAGUAGAAAUGAUCCAGCAACAUCAACUUCCACGUCCACUGCAGCAACCAAAGCAUCUUCUACAUCGCCAUUGUCCACAUCACUGCAACCAAAGCAAUCGAAGAACAGUGCAUAUUUUCAAAAGGUGGCAACCUUUGAGCCCCACUGGAGUGACAUUUUGACGGGAGAGCAGUUGCAGUGCCUGGUGGAGUCUGGAUUCCUAUUCGAGGGCACUAUCAGAAUUCCGGCUUUUCAUACCGAUAGUUGCUACGUGAUCCUAGAUGGGAAGCAGAGUGACGGAAAGCAGAGUGGCGGAAAGCGAACGGACGCGGACGAACAAGAGUACGAGAAUAUUCUGGCGAUAUUUUAGCUUAGGUUAGCUUCCUCGUGAGUAUCCACUUCUGGCACCGCGACGUGACUCCUGUACCUACUCGUUAUACUGCGUACUAGAAUGCUUCAUCUAUUCGAAAACUCAAAAUAACCGAGUUGCUGACUGAAAUAAGGGAGGUAGCUUAAUUUCAAGGCUACUCUUCCUUCUCAUCAGUCUCUCGGUUAUUCUGAUCAGUUACUUGCUUAUUUCAGUUUUUCGAACAAGGAAGCAUAAGUACAUCAAAACAGAAAAGUUCAGGUAGCACCUCUCUCUUAUAAGCCGUUCCCAGGGAUAGAUGUAAUUUUCACGUAAACUCUGUUAUAAGUUACACGCGUGAUAGAAGAUGUCAACAACGCCCCUAUUCCUAUCUAAUAGCAACCAGUGAAGCUGCUUACCACGGG